GAGCGGUGACUCGCGGGCUGAGCAGGAAGGAAACCGCUUCCGAGAGCAGCGGCGUCGUCUCCAGGCCGUGCAGCUUCUUUUACCGCCGCCUGUCCAUCAGUCCACCCGCAGCAUGAGUGGUCUGCGUGUCUACAGCACGUCGGUCACCGGCUCCCGCGAAAUCAAGUCCCAGCAGAGCGAGGUGACCCGCAUCCUGGAUGGGAAGCGCAUCCAAUACCAACUAGUGGACAUCUCCCAGGACAACGCCCUACGGGAAGAGAUGCGAGCCUUGGCAGGCAACCCCAAGGCCACCCCACCUCAGAUUGUCAACGGGGACCAGUACUGUGGGGACUAUGAGCUCUUCGUGGAGGCUGUGGAACAGAACACGCUGCAGGAGUUCCUGAAACUGGCCUGAGCCAAGCCCAAACCAGCCCACUGGACUUCACCAUCACAUUCCCCCAGCCAUCGCUGGCCAUGAAGGACCUUGUGACCAACUCCCUGUUAUUCCUAACCUGACCUUGGAGCCCCUCCCCCAAACCCAGCCUCUCCCCCUCCUCCCUCUAACUGUAGCCCCCUCUCCUCCGUUCAGGGGCAACAUUCCUUCUUACCCAGUACUCUCAGAAAUUAUCUUAAGCAACAGCCCAAGUGCUGGCUGUUCUCAGCCGGGCCCUGAGGCUUCUACCCUGCCUGGCACUGGCUGAUGGGCACCUUUGUUUCCAUUAGCCAGGGCUUUGCCAAAGGCCCCGCAGUCCUCAACUCAGGAGGAGCACCAUAAAGACAAUUAAAUGUCCCAUUCCACUGGC